UUAAAAAUAAAAAUUUUGCAAAAACAGACGGACUGUAAAUCAAGAGCCAAACACCUAGAAUAUUGAAUCAAUGAUGGUACCUAGCAAUUUUUAUUUUUAUUUUUUUUUGAUAAAUUAUGAAUACAUCCCUUGAAGUUUUCCUAAUAUACAGAUUGUCUUUUAUGAUUCUGCAAAUUAUAUUUCACGCUUUCAAAUUUCUAAUCGAAUAACAAUUAACCUUAUUUCUGUUAAUUAUGUUAUAUAAAAAAUUAUGAUAAUAAGAUAUUUAUAAUUUUUUAAAAGAGAGGGAUGCACUGGUCUUUCUUGGUCCACCACCAUCACCAUCACCUUCAAUCAUAUUCCCUCUUGCAACCUUCACUCUGUCUCAACAAAAUUUAUUUAUUUAUUUUUAAUGGUGCACACUUUAAAGAGCUAAGAAAUUUCAGAUUAGAAUAUUAUAUAUAUACCAGCCACCCUGAUAAAAUAAUCGAUUCAUCAUUAAAAAAAAAAAACAUGGCAAAAUUGGUUAUUGUGGUCUACACUGCCCUUGUGUUGUGGUGCUACUUGUUGUUCAACAUCCCUGCAGCAAAAUGCAUCAUGGCAAAUAAUGAGACAGAUAGAGCAGCAUUGGAGGCCUUCAAGGCUGCAAUUGUUCAAGACCCAUUCGGUGCCCUCUCUUCCUGGAAUAAUUCACUCCACUUCUGUCUCUGGAACGGCAUUUUGUGUAGUCGCCGACAUCCUGAUAGAGUCAUUGGGAUAACUCUAAGGUCCCAAGGACUGGUUGGAUCGCUCUCAUCUCAUGUGGGAAACCUCUCCUUCCUCGAAAGAAUCCGUCUUCCAAACAAUAGCUUCCACGGCCCAAUUCCACAGGAGAUGGGUCGCUUGUCUCGGCUUCAAAUAAUAGAAUUCGGCAACAAUUCGUUUCGAGGUGGAAUACCAAACAACCUUUCUCGUUGCUCAAAACUUGAAUGGCUGGACUUGGUCAACAACAAUCUAACCGGAAACAUCCCAGCUGAGUUGGGCUCUUUGUCAAGGCUUCGAACUUUAGCCUUGAAUAAAAACAAGCUUUCAGGAACCAUCUCUUCUUUCAUUGGAAACCUCUCAUCUCUUUUUCAAAUCUAUUUAUCGGAAUGUAAUUUGCAUGGGGAGAUUCCUGCGGAAAUUACUAGGCUUCGACGCCUGAGAUUUGUCGUGUUAUAUGGGAAUAACUUAUCCGGCAAGGUUCCAUCUGGCCUUUACAAUAUCUCUACCAUCAUUUCGUUAUCAGUAGCUUUCAACCAACUUGAAGGAAAUAUUCCUCCUGAUAUAGGCUCCACACUUCGUAAUCUCAAGUUUCUUAAUCUUGUCAGCAAUUUAUUUACUGGAACAAUUCCUACUUCAUUGUCACACGCUUCGAAGCUCGAAUCGAUACAAUUUGGUGAAAAUUAUUUCAGCGGGACAAUGCCGAGAGAUCUUGGAAAACUUCUGAGUCUUCGAUGGAUAAGUGUUUCUCAAAAUCGGUUGCAGGAUGACCUCACUUUUAUUUCGUCUCUAAAAAAUUGCACCAGUUUACAAUUUAUUGAAGCGGCUCACAAUCUUUUUAGAGGUUCAUUGCCUGACUCCAUAGCUAAUCUCUCCACAUAUCUUAGCAGCAUAGAUUUGCAGAAAAAUCAGAUACACGGAAUCAUUCCUUCAGGCAUCGGGAACCUCCUCAACCUCACUGUCUUAUCUAUGUCAGCAAAUAAUCUUGCUGGCCCUAUUCCGUCCUCCAUUGGAAGACUUCAAAAGCUGCAUGGUCUGUACUUAGACCAGAACAAAUUCACAGAACUUCCAUCUUCGCUUGGUAAUUUGACUUCGUUGAUUACUCUAAACUUGGGAGAAAACAACAUCCGUGGAAGCAUACCUCCGAGUUUGGGCAAUUGUCAUAGCUUGUUGGAAUUAGACCUUUGUAAAAAUAAUCUUAAUGGUUCAAUACCCCCUAAAAUUAUGAAUCUCUCCUCCAUUUCAAUACGCCUCUUGUUAUAUCACAAUACACUGACUGGUUCUCUUCCAUUAGAAGUUGGGUCUUUGAAAAAUCUUGCAAUCAUGGAUUUGUCCUAUAAUAGAUUAUCAGGAUUCAUACCAAACACUCUGAGCAGUUGUUUGAGUCUGGAAUGGCUGCUGUUGAAGGAGAAUUCAUUUGAAGGAGAGAUACCUCAAAGUUUGAGCACGCUGAGGGGCUUAAGAGUAUUGGAUCUUUCGCGCAACAAUUUGUCGGGGAUGAUCCCAAGUCAUCUAGGUGAGCUUCAAUUAGAUAUGUUGAAUUUGUCUUUUAAUAUGUUACAUGGACCAGUUCCCAUGCAAGGAGUGUUCGGAAAUUCUAGUGCAAUUUCAAUUGUUGGAAAUAAUGAUCUAUGUGGAGGCAUUGAAGAAUUAGACCUUCCUCCUUGUCCAUCCUCCAAAUCAAGCAAGAAUAAGCUAUCUCACGGGAUGAAAGUGAUCCUAGUGGUGGUUGUUCUUGUGAUACUUUUAUCUUUGUUUGUUAGCUUCUUUAUAUUUUUUCGACGGUGUCAUGUUUCAAAACAGAAGACCUCUAGCACGUCCCAAAUCAUGCAUCAAUUUUUGAGGGUUUCUUAUGCAGAGCUUCUCAAAGCCACCAAUGGAUUCUCAGAGGCUAAUCUAAUUGGUGUUGGGAGCUAUGCUUCAGUUUACAGAGGGAUUCUUGAUCAAGUUCAGAAGGUUGUGGCAGUGAAAGUGCUCAAUCUUCAGACCACAGGAGCUUCUAAGAGCUUCAUGUUAGAAUGCAAGGCACUAAGAGCCAUAAGGCACCGAAAUCUAUUAAAAAUUUUGAGCAUUUGUUCCAGUGUGGAUUUCAAUGGUGAUGAAUUCAAAGCUUUAGUAUAUGAAUUUAUGGCCAAUGGAAACUUGGAUAAAUGGUUGCAUCAAGUUGGAAUGGGAGACCAUGAGCAGCCAGAAAAACACAGAAAUCUAAAACUAAUUCAAAGAUUGGACAUUUCCAUUGAUGUCGCUUCUGCACUUGACUAUCUUCAUUGUGGUUGUGAGCCUACAAUUAUUCAUGGUGAUCUAAAGCCGAGUAAUGUUCUUUUGGAUGAUGAGAUGACAGCCCAUAUUGGAGAUUUCGGGUUAGCAAAAAUUAUUUCUACCGUUUCAAGUGAUGUGGCACAAGGUCAAAGCAAUUCAGUUGCAAUAAGGGGAACCAUAGGCUAUGUUGCUCCAGAGUAUGGCAUGGGUGACAUGACUUCCACACUAGGAGAUGUAUACAGCUUUGGGAUUCUUUUACUAGAGAUGUUUACAGGUAAGAAACCAACUGAUGAUAUGUUUAAGGAUCAUUUAAAUCUACAUAUAUUCGUUAAGAAUGCUUUGCCUCAACGAGUGAUGGAGAUUGUGGAUCCCUACAUCCUAUUGGAGCAUAAAACAAGGUGGAUUAAAGACUGCAUGGUUUCCAUUCUAAGAAUUGGGGUUGCAUGUUCAAUGGAAUCACCAAGAGAUCGAGUGGGAAUGGGGAGUGUUAUUAGUGAAUUGCAUAACAUCAAAAAUACUUACUUGAAUGAAGGGUUGAACCAAGAAUGAAGGGUUGAACCAAGACUGGAAAGUAGGAAGAGAUUUUGCAACAUGAAAACCUUAAGGUUACUUCCAAUAAUGGUUUACUCUACGAGACUACAAGCGGUGGCUUCAGUAUCUUCAUAUCAGCAAUCUUUAAUCUAUUGCUUGAAUAAAAAACUGUCACUUUUUCUCCUUUGGUUAGAUUGCAUUAUAUAAAAAUGUGUUCAUUUGAAAUGUCUCCAGCUAAGAUUGUAUGACUAGAAUUACUGUCUGUAUCCCUUUAAAAUUAUCAUUUUGUUG